AUGCUCGAAUAUGCGAGCUUGAACGUCCCCCCACACGUAGGGUGCAUGCCCAAGACCACCCUGAAGCCUGUCGAAAAUGCUACUGGCUCCUCUCUUGCCGCUUCCGCUUACGCAGGCAAUAUCCUGGUCUCUCUUCCUCCCUUCCCGCCGGCUCCUCCUCCGGAGGUAACGACAGGUCCGUGGUAUUUCUGGUGUGGCGUUCAACCCAGUGGUGGUGGUGUCAUCCAGCCUGUCCUCGGUUAUCGUGCGGGCGGGGAGGAAAAUCCCGUGAACCCCGAUCCUCCAUUCCCCCAGGUGUGGGCUCUGAACAUCUGGGCCCUCCCUUGGAACUACGGCCCUGGAAAUGGCUUUCAACUGCAAGAAUCUCAGGGUAUCUGGGUCGCCGAGGGUGAUCAGAUCGCCUCUACAGUGACUUGGGAACAAGAGAGCCAAGACUGGAUCCAGACUGCAGAAGUCGUUUCGGGGCUAGCGGAUGGGAAUGAUGUGUGGAUGGUUUCCGACGCAUAUAAUUGGGAGAGUAAUGGCUCUGGGGACGAUAAUACGCGCGAAAUAGUCUGUGAAUCCGAGCUGUAUGGAAACCAGAUCUCCUAUUGGAACUUCUCCGUCGUGUUUACGGAUGUGACCUUCCGCGCUGCUAACUCGAAUGGGGUCGAGUAUAUCUGCUCGGGCCAGACAAGCCAUUCUGAUGGGAACGGGUACAUCACUUUCAAGGGUUUCGAGAUGUUGGACGAUCAGACGUGCUAUUGGUCUUCCAUUACCCUGACCGCUCCUUGAACUCCCAGAGAACAGUUUCAUGUCAGCUGAGGCUUUGUUUUGAUGCAGAAAUUCCUGAAAUUGUGGUUAUUCGUCAUGUUCGGCCUUGUCUGCGCAAUGAGGUCAUUUGUCCCACUGAAUGCUGGUCGCCACGUUUGA